AUGGCACCGACUGGACGCACCACCGCCGCCAAGAAGCGUGCCGCCGCAGCUCCCCCUCCUGCCGGCUCCACCCCCGCACGACCUCGACGCGCCGCCAGCGACAAGAAGCAGGCCACCAAGGCCUCGCCGACCUCGACCAAGCCCAAGAAGCUCGCACCGGCCAGGGGCAAGCCGGCCGUCACCGCUGAGCCCGACCCGUCCGGCUCACCUCCCGACCUCGCGCCCGUCGGCGACAACACGGCGGCAAAGCCUCCCGCGACCGCCGCCGAGGCCGACACCGAGUCGGACAAGCCUCGACCGAGGUCGCCGCAGAAGACGGGACCGGCGCCGUCAAACCUCAAGUCGGACCAGGACGCCGACGAGUGCCCGGCGUGCAGCAGCACGAGCAAGGGCGACAGUGGGACUUGGGUCGAGUGCGACGAGUGCGAGAAGUGGUAUCACUGGACCUGCGUCGCGAGCACUUCUGCCGAUUCUCCCGACAACAUCGACAAGGCGAGUCUGUCGAGCCGGCCGCCGUACUCGCAUCAGGCUCUGACCUUUCCCUUGCGCCCGCAGUGGUACUGCGCGUCCUGCGUCGCCGCGUCCGCCUCCUCGUCCACGCCCUUGCGCACGACCUACAUCCUUUCCCCUCUCAGCUCCCUCGCAUCGUCUCGUUCCAGCUCGCCUGCCCUCGCCAACGCGCCUCCCACGUCGUCCACUACCGCCUCGACCACCGCCAGUGCGCCACCCCCACCUCCCCCUGCGGCCGCUCCUCCCGCCGCCAGCGCCAACCUGCGCAAGUCGUCUCGCUCGACUCGAGCGCAGGGCAUCGACUACGCCAACCUCGACGCGCACCUCCCGGCGUCGGUCGACCGUUGGUCGAGGACCAUCUCGGCGCGCGAGGCCUCGGGCGCCAUCGUCGACGGGUUCACGGGCGAGGGCGCGUUCAGGCGGUUCGAGGACGGGCACGAGUUGAGCCGCGAGGGAGACGAGUGGGUCUACGGCGACAAGGGCAUGACGGAGCCGUUCGUCGUCGUCAAGGAGGACGGCCUCGGGCUCAAGAUGCCGCGGCACCUCACGGUCAAGCAGGUCGCCGAGCUCGUCGGCCCCAAGACGCCGCUCGAGGUCAUCGACUGCGCGUCGCAGUCGUCGCUCGCCAACUGGACGCUCGGGCAAUGGGCCGACUACUACGAGGACCCGGGCCGCGACAAGGUCCGCAACGUCAUCAGCCUCGAGGUGAGCGACUCGAGGCUCGGCGAGAUGGUGACGGCGCCAGAGCUCGUCAGAAAACUCGACUGGGUCGACACGGUGUGGCCCGAGGACAUGAAGGUGCCCGGGCAGUACCCGCGCGUCCAGAAGUACUGCCUCAUGAGCGUGUCUCGUUGCUGGACCGACUGGCACGUCGACUUUGCCGGGUCGUCUGUCUUCUACCACGUCCUGCGCGGCGGCAAGACGUUCUUCUUCAUCCGGCCGACGCCCGCCAACCUGCAGGCGUACGAGCAGUGGAGCGGCUCGUCCGAGCGCCAGGAGCAGACUUGGCUCGGCGACAUGUGCGACCAGGUGUACCGCAUGGACCUCGUCGAGGGCAACACGGCGUUCAUCCCGACUGGCUGGAUUCAUGCCGUCUACACGCCGGCCGACUCGCUCGUCAUCGGCGGCAACUUCCUGCACUCGCUCAACAUCCCGACCCAGCUGCGCGUGUACAACAUCGAGCUCGCGACCAAGGUGCCGCGCAAGUUCCGGUACCCGCACUUUGUCAAGCUCCUGUGGCUCGUCGGCAAGCACUACAACGAGCGCCUGUCGUCGCACCCGGCCGGCGAGCCCCUGCCGCUCCCGUUGCGCGCGCCGCGCGUCCUCGAGGGCCUCAAGGAGCUGUCGUCGUUCCUCAUCGAGCAGACGACCCGCCUCGCCAAGGGCGCCCAGGUGUCGGCCGAGCGUCGCCGCCUCGCCAAGGAGAACAUCCCGCACAAGAAGGUGCCCGACCCUGUGUGGCUCAGUCGCGAGCUGCGCAAGGUCGUCCUCCAGGCGCUCGGCGAGCCGCUCGACGCCGAGUGCUACUUCCCGCACGUCGCCCACAUCGACGAGUCGGCCGACCACGCUCUCGCGCCGGGCAACAAGCGCAAGGCCGACUCGCCCCUCGAGCUCGACGCCAAUGCCGCCCUCGCCGCGCUCAGCAGGGCCAACAAGGUCCGCCGCCCGUCCUCGUCGGCCGCCGUGCCCUCUUCCUCUUUGCCCGGCGCCGGCGCCUUCCCGGCCUACAUGUCGCCGUCGCCAUCCUCUGGAGCAGCAGACGCCGACGGCGAGAUCAUCGGGCGGCACACCCUGCCCGUCCAGACGGUGACCCGGACCGAGGAGCGCAUCGACCCUCGAGGCGCGGCGGCCAAGAACGGUGCGCUCUCGUCCGAGGUGCGCGAGAGCCGCAGCACGGCGAGCGUCGUGCGUCGGUGGGAGCACGACCCGCUGGACUCGAGCGGCGCGGGCGGGCCCGUCGUCGAGACGCGCACCGUCAUCACGAUCGUCGAGCGCGUGCGGUUCCCGAGUGCGGCGCAGGCCAAGGUCCAGGCGCAGCAGCGUCGCGGCCAGUCGUUCGCGCCGCCGCCGCAACCCGAGCAGCACGCCGGGAUCGGCCCGCCGGCGCCGUUGAGCGUGACGGCCAUCCCGGGCACGCCGCUGCCGCACGUCGGCGCGACCAACCCGCAGCCGUACCAGCCGCACGGUUGGCCGUACCAGUACGAGCUGCUGCCCGCACCGAGCGGCGGCGGCGCAUCGUCGAACGGCCUCCCGGCGCUGCCGUCGAGCGCGCUCGGCUCGGUCGGCGCCGUACCUCCUCCCGGCGCCAUGCUCCCUCCCCCGGUCCCCUCGUCGCACCGCAUCGCUCAUGCACACCGCCCUCGCACGAUCCCGUCCGCCGUCACGACGAGCGGCCUGGCGCACGGCCGCGGCGAGGGCCUGCCGACGCCGCCGCCGACGCUCGGUCCCGGCGCAGCUCGGCAGCAGCAGCACCAGUUCGUCUCGGCGUACCCGCCUCCGCCGGCGCUCCUGCCGGCGCCGCCGGGCUACUCGUCGACGCAGGGCGCGUACCCGCUGCCACUGCCGCUGCGCGGGCAGGCGCACGGGCCGUACGGCGGCGGUCGCGGGUCGGCGGCGUGA